AUGAGAGUACAAGCUAAAAACGAGUUUGAGAAGGAUUUCUGGAAGUUGCUAAUUAAUAGCGUUUUUGGUAAAUGUAUGGAGAAUGUUCGAGCAAGAACUUCUAUAAAACUGGUUUCUUCAGAACAAAAAGCAAGGAAAUUAAUGGCGAAAACUAGUUUUAAAGACAGAACUAUAUAUUCUAAGAAUCUCAUGGCCAUUCAUCAGCAUAAGGAAACAAUUAAAUUCGACAAGGCAAUUUAUGUAGGAUUUGCAAUUUUAGACGUUUCGAAAACAUUUAUGUAUGACUUCCAUUAUAAUGUAAUGAAGAAAUGGUAUGGUCAUGUAAUUACAGAUGAGGGUAUAAAACCAGAUAAAAAGAAAGUUGAAGCUGUUAUGCAUUUUCCAGUACCUAAGAACGUUAAGCAAAUAAAAAGUUUUUUAGGUCUUAGUGGAUAUUAUCGCAAAUUCAUAGAAAAUUAUAGUGCUAUAGCUAAUCCAAUGGUGAAACUAUUGAGAAAAGACGUAAAAUUUAAUUGGGAUGAAAAUUGUCAGAAAGCUUUUGAUAAAUUAAAAGAAAUACUUUGUUCAGAACCGAUUUUGCAAUAUCCCGAUUUUACAAAACAAUUUAUACUUACGACAGAUGCUAGUGGUAAAGCAUUAGGAGCAAUUAUUUUAUCUCAAGGUACAGUAGGAUCGGAUUUACCAAUAGCUUAUAGUUCGAGAACCCUAAAUAAAGCAGAAUGUAAUUAUUCAGCUACAGAAUUAGAAUGUUUAGCGAUUAUAUUCGUCGUAAAAACAUUCCGCCCGUACUUGUAUGGUAGGAAGUUUACAAUACUAACAGACCAUAGACCGUUAUCUUGGUUAUUUAAUUUGAAAGAUCCGUUAUCUAGAUUAGUAAGAUGGCGUAUCGAACUGGAAAAAUAUAAUUAUGAAAUAAUUUAUAAAAUGGGAAAAUUAAACACUAAUGUGGAUGCACUAUCGCGAAUGUAUAAUAUUAGCGAAAUUAAAGAUGAAAGUUAUACGAACUUUCUAGAAAAAUUAGAAACUACAAUAAUUAGUAAUAAAAAUGUUAAAGAAGUACACGAAACAGUUUUGACGGACCAAGGUACCGAAUUUCUUAGUAAAACUUUUACGGAGGUAUGCAAGUUGUUAAAAAUUAAUAAGAUUAAGACUUCCGCUUAUCACCCGCUUUCAAACGGCGCACUUGAACGUAGUCAUAAAUCGCUAGCAGAAUACUUAAGACACUAUGAAGCACAUCACAUAGCCAGGGAGAGAUUAAUUAGAAGUAAAGAAAAAAGUAAAAAAUAUUACGAUAAAAAAGUAAAAACGGAAACGUUAGAGAUAGGGAAUUUAAUAUUACUCAAAGAUCAUACUCAAAGGAAUAAGUUAAGUCCAUUUUGGAGGGGACCAUACGAAAUUUUGGAGGUAUUAGAUUCAGAAAAUGUAGUUAUAUCGCGAAAUCGAAAAAAGUUGUGUUGGUUAUGGACCACAAUUCAAGGAGUGUCAAAUAGUUUUAAUGACAAUAUACCAGAAUAUGAAGGAAUAUCAGAAAUAAAAAUCUAUUUUAAUGACAAACUCGGAGUUAAGAGAGGAAUGGUGGGAGUAUCGAAUCACCAAAAUGAUAGGAUAGUUGUACCACAAUUCCGGAAUGGAGGAUGUAAUAUAGAAUCGUUACAGUAUAUAUGUAAUACACUAUAUAAAAAAACUGAUAAUGUUGGUUAUUUGGGAGAAUAUGCGUAUCUUUUGGAGAAAUCAUGUACCAUACAUGUGAAAACUAUGAAUGGCACAGACGAACAAGUUAAAGUAGGAAAAAUGGAUUAUUAUUUAAUAAUAAAUCAAACAAUGGAUAUGGAGAAGGAAAACAAUAAUAAGUCAAUAUCAACUAAUGGUAACACGAUAACAACGAAGAGGACUGACCAAAAGUUAAGAGAAAUACCUACAGAAAAUACAACUAUAAAUGAAGACGGUCACAUUAGUACUACAGAAAUGAGCAAAAAUCACAAUAGAAUAACAACGAGCACAUCAAUAGAACUAAACACUACGAGAUUAGAGGAAGUUGAAACACAUAUUCAGAUAACAUAG